AUGUUGCAGGUCAGAGUGGGUCGAGCCAAAAGGCCUCGCACCAGUAUUUUCAGAUUUGGGAAGUUCAUUGUGGUGGCUCUGGGUUUGGCCUCUUUCUCCCUUAUCCUACUCCAAAAGUACAGCGACAUAUUCAGCGGUCCAGGACACAAAAGAGCCAUGUUGGAAAUUAUGAAGAAUGAAAUGACAGUGAAUCCGUGUCCAGAUAUAAUCUGCUCUGAUGAUUUCUUCAGUUUUUACGUUCAGAGUGGAGCCGUAAACGUGGUCCCUCCAAAGAUCUGCUUCAAGAACCAGCUAAUUCUUGGAGAUGCGAAGAAAAAUGUUGAUGUUGGAAUUAAUGUGGUGAUUUUAAAUGGAAAAACUGGAGAGGUCAAAGAGACAGGACACUUCAACAUCUAUCGGCAAGAUGUGAAACCUCUGAGAAAACUAUUGAAAAGGAUAGAAAUCGGAUCCAUCGUCCUCAUCACUUCAUAUGACAAACCCGCUUCAAAAUUAAAUGAAGAGGCGCGGAUGUUGAUCCUGGAUUUGGGCAGCUCCUCCGUGAACUCUCUUGCUUUCAGAGAUAACUGGAUUUUUGUGGGCGGAAAAGGAGCCAAUGUCAUAACCUUGUUUGAAAAACACGAGCGGCAGAAGAACAAGUAUGGAGCCUGGCCUGAACUCAUCAACCUCAGUGGCUGCAUCCCCAGAUAUAUGGCUUGA